AUGGACUCUUUCUCCAUGGUUGAUUCCACAGCAGGACGUCGUCGCCUUGUGGAUCUCUCAAUGAGUCGCGUCAGAGAGAGCCUGCUUCAGUACAACGGUCUGACUUGGUUCCAACUUUCCCUAUCGCAGUCUCCCGAAGACCGUAUGGAAGGCCAUGUCUAUGAUCUACGUGGAGCAGCACCCACUAUGCCAAGACAGCGUGAUCCAAGAGAAAUCCUUACACCUGUGACAUCUUGUCUCGAGUGUGGCGCGCCGCUAGCCCAUGCACACGCAGUCUCUGGUCGGCUAUACGGUCUUGGUGGUGUGGAGGGAAUCUCUAUGGUCAUCAAACGCUGUUCCAAGAAGACAUGUCGAGCACACCAUCACUAUAACUACAGGAAAGUGGAAGGUCAGAAGUACCACAGCCUGGACCUCGACCAGAUGGAAUACAUCUUCGUGAACAGCAAAGUUGGUUUCAGCCGGCAAUUCCUCGACUACCACAAUGCCUUGCAGUUCCGUGGUGGUCUGAGUCACAAUGCCAUCAUGUUCGCACAAGGCGAGGUAAUGUGGGAAGACCGCGAUCAGCACGCUCGAUGGCACAUGGAGUAUGAGGUUGUCAUCGAUGGCCACGAAAAGGUCUCGGCGAAGUGCCAAGGGCCUCCUCCUGUACAUGUGGGACGCCCUCGAAAGGACGGGGCCAACAAGCAGCGCCACAAUGGCUGGUUCAUGGCUGUGGAUCCCCACAGUGGCAUGGUCAUGUCUGUGGCUGAUAUGGAAGAGCCGGAGAACAACGUGGUCGCCAAGAACGUCUUGCGGAAGGUUGUCACAAAGGCUGUCAACCUCAACUGCGUCAUCUACGACAAGAUGUGUGUAUGCCUAAAAUCCUUUGCGACCGACAAGGAUUUCAAGCAAGUGAAGUACUGGUCCAUUGACCGUUUCCAUGCAAAGGCUCACUCCGUUUCCUGCCCUUGCUCGCCCAUUCAUGUACGUCGACUUGAUCUACGUCUCCGCUCUGUUAACUCCUCCAUAGCCGAGCAGACAUUUUCAUGGUUUCGCGGCUACGCUUCCAGCUUUAACACGAAGGCACAUGAGACGCACAUCUUCUAUGUGCUCCUGUAUGUCAAGAUGCACAACAGCCUCGUGCGUCAGAACAGACUUCA